AUGAGUAGUGCUCAAGCAUUGGAGUGGAAAGAAAGAGGCAACACCGCAUUUCAACAAAAAAAUUACCAAGAAGCGAUCGAAUGCUUCACAAAAGCGCUUGAAUUCUCUCCAAACGACCACGUGUUUUAUUCAAAUCGUUCAGCAUGCUAUGCCAGCUUAGAGCAAUAUGACAAAGCAUUGGAAGAUGCAGUCAAAUGUGUUCAGCUAAAGCCUGAUUGGGUGAGAGGAUACACGCGUAAAGGUCUUGCAGAGUUCUAUCUUGGGAAAUAUAAAGAAUCGGCAGAAACCUACAAAAAAGGACUAGAAAUCGAGCCUGGGAAUGCUCAGCUUACAGAGGGGUUGCAAAGAGCAGAACAGGAGCUAAAUAAGUCGUCAAACCCAAUGGCGAAUCUGUUUGUUGGGGAAAAUUUGGCAAAGUUAAUGACCCAUCCGAAAACCAGGGGAUACUUCCAACAGCAAGAUUUUAUCCAGAUGCUAACUUUGGUACAGAAUAAUCCUAAUAUGAUGCAGAUGCUUUUACAAGAUCAAAGGGUUAUGGACUGUCUUGGAGUAUAAAUAGACAAAAGAUUCUUAUUAUUACAAUUCGUAUUAAUUUCUAAAUUUAUUCGAAAAUAGGAUUCAUUGCAAUUCAUAUUAUUUAUUUUCUUUUAAAAUGGCAUAUUAAUAGGCUUCGACACUAGCGCCCAGCAAGGAGAGCAUGAAGAUUCUCAUCCUCACGACCAUCCCCACGACCAUCCUCAUGACCACUCUCAUGACCAUUCUCAUGAUCACCAUCACCACGAAGAGCACAAAGAAGCUCCAAAGAAAGCUGAAGAAAAGAAGGCUGAAAAGCAUGAAGCUCCUAAAGAUCCUAAUUCCCCCUUAGAGUGAACAAAAAAAUUUGAUCGCUCGCAGGAGGGAGCUAUUUUUUUAAUUUAUAUAGAAGAUUUAUAGAGGUAAAAAUUAAUUUGAUUAUAAAAAUUAUAUUUUUAAAAUGCAAGCUGUUUAAAUAUAACUGAAUUAGCUAGAGAUUUCAUUAAACUAAUUAUCACUUUAUAUCAACAUAUUUCUUCAUAAAAAAUUUUUUAUAUAAAAAAAUUUUUGCUACAGAUUUUUACUUAAAAAAUAGGAAUUUUCCAAAAAUUUUGUUCGCGAGGGAGUAAUCGAAAAUUAACAGCUGAAGAAGAAAAAGAGCUUGGAAACGCUCUCUUCAAAAACAAAAAGUACGAAGAAGCACUUGAACACUAUAUCAAAGCGUUAGAAAUAAACCCAGACGAAAUCACCUACAUUAAUAACAAAGCAGCCUGUUAUUUCUCAAUGGGACAGUUCGAAAAAGCUAUUGAACUCUGUGAUGAAGCUUUAGCAAAGGGAAGAGAGGUUGGAGCUGAUCUAAGCAAAACUGCCAGGGCACUUUCAAGAAAAGGACUAGCUUUGGUGCAGUUAGGGAGACUAGAGGAAGGAAUUGAGCAGAUUAAAAGGUCUUUAAUGGACUUCCACGACGAUAAGUUGAAAUUCACACUUAGAGAUCUUGAAAAGCAAAAAAAGAAAAAGGAUGAACUUGCAUAUAUUAACCCUGAAAUUGCGGAAACUCACAAUAACCAAGCAAAUGAGCUUUUCAAGAAUGGAAACUUCCCAGGAGCCCUCGUAGAAUAUGAAGAAGCAGUCAAGCGAAACCCGACUUUCGCCAAAUAUUACUCAAACCGUGCAGCUUGCUAUAUAAAGCUUUUGGAAUUUCCAAGGGCUUUGGCUGAUGUCAACAAAGCUGUUGAGUUAGAUCCAAAGUUCACCAGAGCGUGGAUCAGGAAAGGAAAUGUCCACUAUAACAUGAAAGAAUACCAUAAAGCUUUGGAAGCUUAUGAAGAAGCAGAAAAGCUUGACCCUAAUAAUGACGAAUGCAAGGAAGGGCUACAAAAGACUAUGGCUGCUAUACAAAGCGAAUCAAGUGGAGUCCCAGAUGAAGAAAGAAUCAGGCAUGCAAUGGCUGACCCAGAAAUCCAAAAUAUUCUUACUCCCCUCUCCGUGAGAGAACAAAAAUAUUUGGUUUGCUUUUUUUUUUAGAAAAUUUAUAUAUAAAUUUUAUAAUAAUUUUGUUUUUCAAAUUAAAAAUAAGAAAGCAAAUAUUUAUUUAAUUUCUAAAAAAUUUAUGAUUUAAGAUGAAAUUUGUUUUAAAAUUAAACAUUAUUAACUAUAGAAAUUUAUUAUACUAAUUAUCACUUAUUUAUCAAAAUAUUUUUUAUUGCAUUACUUAGGUAGUUUUAGGGCAAAAAAUAGGGAUUUUUCCAAUGGUUUUGCUCGCUUAAGGAGUGGGGAGUUUAAAGACCCUCAGAUGAGCCAGGUGCUCAAAGGGGUGCAGGUCCAAUGAUAGUUCACUUUUGAUAGCGUGUAUUUCACCGAAGUGCAUUUGGUUGAAAAUUGGUAGAAAUUUUUUGAAAGUGAGAGACAUUUGAUUGGAAAAAAAGUUAAAUUUUUGACCAAAUGCCACACUAUUUUAAAAUUUACUUCGAUGAAAUGUACACAAUCAAAAAUACACUAUCAUUUGGCAUGGAGCCGCUCAAAAAGAUAUCAGUGAAAACCCAAUGUCAGCUGGGAAAUAUAUGACAGAUCCGAAGAUUAGAAACGCAAUUAAUAAGCUGAUAGCUGCAGGCGUUAUCAGAACUGGAUAA